CGCGCGCGCUCUCCAAGGCCUCCUGUUCUAGUUCCAGCCCUAGCAUGACAGCAACGCUAAGCCUGGUGCCCGCGGGCCGCAGCUGCUGGGACGAGCCGCUGAGCAUCUCCGUGCGCGGCCUGGCCCCCGAGCAGCCCGUCACGCUGCGCGCCGCCCUGCGAGACGAGAGAGGCGCGCUCUUCCGCGCCCACGCGCGCUACCGCGCCGACCCCCACGGCGAGCUGGACCUGGCGCACGCCCCCGCGCUGGGCGGCAGCUUCGCGGGGCUCGAGCCCAUGGGGCUGCUCUGGGCCAUGGAGCCCGAUAGGCCGCUCUGGCGUCUGAUCAAGCGCGACGUGCAGACGCCCUUCAUGGUGGAGCUGGAGGUGCUGGACGGCCACGAGCCCGACGGCGGGCGGCUGCUGGCGCGGGCGGUGCACGAGCGUCACUUCAUGGCUCCCGGGGUGCGGCGUGUGCCCGUGCGCGAGGGCCGUGUGCGCGCCACGCUCUUCCUGCCUCCAGGAAAUGGACCCUUUCCUGGGAUCAUAGACAUUUUUGGAAUUGGAGGUGGCCUUCUGGAGUAUCGGGCUAGUCUGUUGGCUGGGAAGGGCUUUGCUGUCAUGGCUCUGGCUUAUUAUAACUAUGAUGACCUCCCCAAGAGCAUGCACACAUUCCACCUGGAGUACUUUGAGGAAGCUGUGAACUACCUGCUCAGUCACCCUCAGGUCAAGGGACCAGGAAUUGGCCUGCUGGGAAUUUCCAAAGGGGCUGACCUCUGCCUCUCCAUGGCCUCUUUCCUGAAAGGCAUUACAGCGGCUGUCAUAAUCAAUGGCUCUAUGGCCAACGUUGUUGGAACAUUGCACUACAAGGAUGAGACCCUGCCCCCUUUGAGCAUUAACAUGAAUCGAAUCAGAGUGAUCAAAGAUGGCCUUAGAGAUAUUUUGGAAGCCCUGAAUUGCCCUUUAAAAGGCCCUGACCAGAAGAGCAUCAUCCCUGUGGAAAGGUCUGACUCCACCUUCCUGCUCCUUGUGGGUCAGGAUGACCGCAACUGGAAGAGCGAGUUCUAUGCCAAUGAGAUCUCCAAACGCUUGCAGGCCCAUGGGAAGGAGAAGCCCCAGAUCAUCUGCUACCCAGAAGCAGGGCACUACAUUGAGCCCCCUUACUUCCCCCUGUGCAAGGCUUCCUUACAUGCAUAUAUUAAUAUGCCUGUCAUCUUUGGCGGGGAGCCUAGGGCUCAUGCCAUGGCCCAGGUGGACGCAUGGCAGAAACUCCAGACUUUCUUCCACAAACAUUUGGGUGCUGAAGUGAGAACAAUCCCAGCAAAACUGUGAUUUUUUUUGUGUGUGUGUGAGUAGUGACACUUCUGAUGUUGAUCCCUCCUGAGAAGGCUGCCACUGUUAGGAUGUGCAUGUAUUUUUCUCUCCUUUAAUAAAGUCUUGAGUUUCCCCACCCCCAAAGCUUUUAUGGACUGAGUCCUCAUGGUUUGAGGACACAGUGGUUCCUACCUCCUUAUGGCAAUGAAGAUUGAGCCCAAGGUUUGUGCAUGGUGGGCUAGCUCUCAGCUGCUGAGCUAUCCCACUCUCCCUUAGAUGGCAGCGGUUUUAAAGAAACUUGAGAGGUUGAGGAGCAUAUCUACUCCCUGGCACAGCAUGUGACUGACAACUCCAGUUACAGGAGGAGAAGUGAACAACAUGGACUGGCCGUGCCUGCUACAUAACGCGGUCCAGUAACUACAUACUAGAUGACUGUAAAUAAAUCUGUAACUGCUGCACAAGAAAGCAUGUGCUGUGGCCCCUUGUGCCGGUGAGAUCCACAUGGCAGACUCUACCGCUGCCCAUGGGUUGAAUUAUUUGAAACUUAUUCCGGCCAUUAUUCCUUAGACACUAUGUACCGAUUUAAGAGCUAUUUAUACAGUGCUUGUGUUACUCUUAGGGACUUAAGUAUUCUGGAUGUGAUCAUAAUGUUUUAAAGAUUUUCAGACUACAUGCCAAUUCCACACCAUUUUAUAUCAAGUACGUAAAUCAUAGCAGUUUGGGGGUCCAGCAAAUGACUGUAAUAUCAAAAUCGUUAUAAUACCAUGGCUGAGCUCCCCUUCUUAGAAUGUAAGUCGUAGCACUUUAGUUACAAACUAUUUACUGGUUAAAUCUAAAACUGAUAAAAUAUUUAAAGCUAAAACACAUCUAACUUUCUGAUAUUUUUUCAAAUGAAUGAGGAUUCUUCUAGUAAAGAAACUAUAUUUGGGUUUCUGUUAAUAUGAUAGGCGCACAGCUUUAGUGUUUCAAAGUUGAUAAAAUAGUUACAUUGGGACUAUAAUUUUUAACAAUGAUAAUCAUAAAAAUAUGUAAAAAUGAGACCACCUGUUAUAAAUAGUUCAAUAAACUUACAUUUCUUAAGCCCUUAACUGUAUUUAAA